AUGCUGCGGGGCGCCCUGCUGUGCGCGGUGCUGGCGCUCCUGCGCGCCCAGCCGGCGCCCUCCCGCUGCCCGCCCACCUGCGGCUGCUCCGUCCGGGACGCGGUGCAGUGCUCGGGGGUCGACGUGGAGCGCAUCGCGGAGCUCGGCCUGCCCACCAACCUCACGGUCCUCAUGCUGUCCCGCCUGGGCCGCGGCACCCUGCGGAGCGACAGCUUCCGCGGCAUGACGGUGCUGCAGCGCCUCUUGCUGACCCAAAGCCACAUCGCCGCCGUCGCCCCGGGCGCCUUCCAGGACCUGGGGAACCUGAAAACCCUCCGGCUGUCGCACAACCACAUCCCGGACCUGCCGGGCGCGCUCUUCGACAGCCUGGUGCUCCUGGAGCAUCUGUAUCUGGACCACAACGCGCUGACGCGCCUCGAUCCACUCCUGUUCCGGAACCUGGUGAACCUGCAGCUCCUCUUCCUGAACGUGAAUCAGCUCGUCUCCCUCCCCGCCGGCCUCUUGGCGCAGCUGCGGGGCCUGCGGGUGCUGGACCUGUCGGCGAACAAUCUGACUCACUUGCCCCCGGGCUUGCUGGGUGCGCAGGACAAGCUGGAGAAGCUCGUGCUCCGUUCCAACCGGCUCACGGCUCUGGAUCCGGGGCUGCUGAGCGGCCCGCGCGCUCUGGCAGAGCUGCAGCUGGACGGCAACCGCCUCCAGGCCCUGUCGCCCGGGGCCUUCGACCAGCUCCGUGACCUGAGCAUCCUGACGCUUUCCAGGAACCAGCUCAGGUCCCUGCCCUCCGCCCUCUUCCUCCAUCUGCACAACCUGACCUCCCUGGCGCUGCACGAGAACCCGCUGGAGGAGCUCCCGGCCGUGCUCUUCGGGGAGAUGGCGGGCCUGCGCGUGCUGUGGCUGAACGGCACCCAGCUGCGCACCCUGCCCGACGGCGCCUUCCGCAACCUGAGCGGCCUGCGGGCGCUGGGGCUGACCCUGAACCCGCGCCUGGCCGCGCUCCCCGACGGCGCCUUCCGCGGCCUCGGCCAGCUGCGCCAGCUGUCGCUGAGCCGCAACGCGCUGCGGGCCCUGCCCCGCGGGCUCUUCCGCGGCCUCCGCGGCCUCGAGUGGCUGCGGCUCGAGCACAACCUGCUGCAGACCCUGCCGGGCGACGUGUUCGAGGGCCUGCCCCGGCUGUCGGAGGUCCUGCUGGGCCACAAUCCCUGGCGCUGCGACUGCGACCUGCGGCCGUUCCUGGCGUGGCUGAGGCAGCACCCCGGCCUCACGGGCCACGUGGAGCAGUCCCCGCGGUGCCAGGGGCAGCCCUCUGGCCUGCUGCUGCACGCCCUGUCGGACGGUGACCUGAGGUGUCCGAGCACCAGGGCCCCGAGCACUCCCCACUCUCUCGCCCUCACCAGGCUGGUCCUGCCCGUGGCCCGCGAUCGCCCAGCCUGGGUGCCUACCAGCCCAGAGCCCUGGGCGCGGGCCCAGCCGGUGGCCGAGGGCCAGCGUCAGGACCAUCGCCUGUUCUGGGGUCUUUAUUUGCUGCUUUUAGCCACGCAGGCCGUCAUAACCGGGGUCAUUGUGUUUGCUAUGAUUAAACUCCUCCGGCUCUUCCGAAAAUUAAUCAGAGAGAGAGCUCUGAUUUGA